AUGUCCCUGGCUAAACCAAUUGUCAUCGGGAGAGCUAUUGCCGAGACAGGGCUUUUGGAGCCAGUUCAAUGCUCAGAAAACCUGCAAGUAGCUAUCAACAACUCUGAUCAUAUCACAGUCCUAGAUCCAAAACUCCCAUUGCUCCAUAACUGGCUAAACACGGGAGCUCCAUCUUCCUCCAACAAAAAUGUUAUUGACCCUAAUGGCCUUUAUGACGUGAAAAGUGUAUUCAAUAUCUCGGAAUUGGAGUCACUAGGCCUCCAAAUAUUCUCCAGACUUCUCAUCGAAGACGGUGAAGAUAGAUUUGCUUUCGGAAGGAUAGCAGAACCCUGUAUCACUGCUCACGCGUGGUCACCAAUGGUUGACGGCACAAAGGAUUGUUAUCUUGGUGUUCUACUAAAUACUGGGGAAGUGCUUGUGUUGAAACGUUUGUCUCAAGACGCUGAACACUAUAGUGUCUUAUUUAGAAGCUUUACAUGCCUACUAGACCAUUUGAGCAUACCUCAACAUCGGUUAACUGCUGAGGGUGACAUUAUUAUAAGCAAUUCAGAGAGCCUUGAAUUGAAGAUAACGAGUUUUGCGUUUGCCAAGGGUGCAGAUGGAGUCAGUUACAUUCUGUUAGCCCAUAUGAACGGCCAUAUCUCCAUACACCAUUUAGCUUCAGGUUUACCAGAGAUAAGCAGAAUUGAUGCUGGUGGCACAGUUGUUAAACAAAGUGUUUCAACGGAUUCUUCUAAACUUGCGUUACUCAGGUCUGACAACUCGGUUAUUACAAUUUCAUUAGACCAGGACUUUAAGGUGAAGGGUGAACCAUCUUCCGCCAAACAGUCCUCCAGGUUCCUUGUUUCACAUUUGAAAUUUCUCUCCCCAGAAAUACUAAUAAUAACUGAUACAAGAGAGUUACAUUUAUCAUACGGCAGCAGGAAGUCCCAAAUUAAACUUCCACACAUUUCAACCAUACUGGGCUUGUCUUUUGGAAUCAAAAACUCCGGCUACACUGUUUUCCUUUCGUACGAGACAGGCCACCUUUUAUCUGUUGACGUCAGCAACGACGGCCAGUGUUCCCUUCUUGCAUCAUCACAGGCUUGGACUACAUUCGUGAACAGGGGCCUAAAUCAGUUCCAACAGGCAUGCAUCAGGGAGCAAAAUAAAGCCCACUCUAAUGUCUUUAAAACUUUUCUUAACGACAAGAUCGAAGGCAAUUUUAUUGUCCACGGCUCGAACUUAACCCCAAAUGGUUGUUUUGUUGUUGCCUACAGCGUUGCUCCUAAGAAUGUUAUACAUCAUGAAAUUCGUUCAAAAGCUGAGAUUAGAGUUGGUCUCAUCCAUUCUCUGGAGCUUGAUCAAAGCUUAGUCACAUCGGCUGUCCACGGGACAUCGCUUUCCCAAAUACACGGACUGUUAAUCCAAGAUGCCCAGAAGUUCCCAACAGUGGACUUCCAAACAUCCACUGCUGGUGAAGAAGCCCUAAAAGACUUCGUUAGCUCUGUCUUUGAAUGGAAGCUACAUCAUUUUGGUGUUCCUGAAAAAGUCACCUUAAACAUCAAGAAACGAAAGACUUUAAAAGAUACAAUCAUAGCAUGUUUUCAACAAGACAAAUCCGUGCAACAGCUACAAAAGCUUCUAACUUUUAAUAUCGCCAUGAUGAAUAGUGUUGAAGCUCUUAUAUCAAGCAGGGAGAACAGCAAAGUUCUUGAUGAAGCAUUGUCUGCUAUUAAGAAAGAACAGUCAUUCAUCAGGUCACAGCUUUCCACGCACAUUCGCCAAAUUGUUAUUACACACAUGGAUCUUGGGUUAUUUUCCUCACAUUCAGAUAAGUUUAUUUAUCUAACUUCCUUCAAGAGUCUACCGACGGAAAGACAACAGAAUGCCUCAAGGAUUCCCAAAGAGGUCACAAUGACAGAGUCCACUGAUAUAGUGACGGAAACUUUCAAGGUCAGGUUGGACCAGGCGGUAGACGAGCAGUUUGUGACAUACGCAAUAUCGGAAUCGGGCCACAGCUGGCGCCGUUGCGAUUUGACGUUACUACCAAUUUUGAGUUUGACCAACAAAUGUGACGAGCUAGGCCAAUUUGUGUACGCAAGUUCGAGUGACCAAUUGGAAGGGUUAUCGUCAGCAUUGCAGGCUGAUCUUGCUUACUGCAUUUACUCCGGUAACCGUAUAUUUGAUCUUAAGGUAGGUCUUUAA